AUGUCUGACCUAGCAGACCUAAGUCAAAGCUUUGACACGAUUCUGAUUCUGGACUUCGGGAGCCAGUACUCCCAUUUGAUUACACGGCGACCAUAUUCAGUGUAUGAUGAUGACGCUCCUCAUGUUGAUCCUGCUAUCUUUGAACUGGGUAUACCUAUCCUGGGCGUGUGUUAUGGUAUGCAAGAGAUAGCUUGGCAUUUUGGCAGAAAUGUGCUUGCGGGCGAGAAGCGAGAGUAUGGCCUUGCUGAAGUUGACAUCAAAAGGCAAAGUGGCGUUGCCGGUCAUGUUGACAAAUUGUUGCAAGGCUUGACAGGUCCUCAGCAGGUUUUCAUGUCCCAUGGUGAUAAGCUAAGUCAUAUACCGGAAAGCUUUGCUGUUAUUGCAGCAACUCGCAAUACACCAUUUGCUGGUAUUGCGCAUGAUCGGAAGCUGAUAUAUGGAGUCCAAUUCCACCCAGAGGUUUCACACACGCCACAGGGCACAGAAAUCUUGAGAAAUUUUGCCGUGCAUAUUUGUGAGGCUAGACAGCAUUGGACCAUGGAUGAGUUCGUCUCAAAGGAAAUUGCGCAAAUCCGAGCUCUAGUCGGAGAGAAAGGCCAAGUCAUCGGGGCUGUAGCUGCAAAGCUCAUGGACACUGCUAUCGGCAACAGGUUCCAUGCUGUUCUCAUUGAUAACGGGCUGCUGCGUAAAGGCGAAGCAGUGUCAGUCAAAAAGACAUUGACAGAGCAGCUGGGCAUACAACUAGCUGUCGUUGACGCUAGCGACCGCUUCCUCGAGGACCUCAAAGGCGUUACAGACCCCGAGAAGAAGCGUAAGAUCAUCGGGUCUAGGUUCAUUCAAGAGUUUCAAGAUAAAGCGAAGGAAUUAGAAAGAGCUGCAGCUGCUUCGGAGCAAAGUGGAAAGAUUCAAUGGCUUCUACAGGGGACGCUGUGGCCUGACGUGAUAGAGACAUCUUUUGGAGGACCCUCGCAGACGAUCAAGUCUCACCAUAAUGUUUCGUUGCCAGCUUUUCUCAAGCUCAAGCUUAUCGAGCCACUCCGCCUUCUCUUUAAAGACGAAGUCCGAGUUCUUGGAACUGACUCUAAUUUAGGACCAGGCCUGGCUAUUCGCAUUCUGGGCGAUGUCACGGCAACGCAACUAAAGAUUGCUCGCGACGCUGAUCACAUCUUUAUCUCCGAAAUGGAAGCCCACGGCCUUUAUCAUGUGGUUAGCCAAGCAUUCGCUGCGUUGAUUCCUACCAGAGCUGUAGGAGUAAUGGGCGACAAGAGGUCAGUCUCCCCAGUCCGUAGCAAAGCAGCCCGGAUCAAGGAGUUUCAGGUGACUUCAAAACCACCGCCCACGCCCGUAUCUACUGAAUUGAAAGAAAACCCGGACCUCCAAAUCCUGUUCACUUUACAGCAGCCAUCUUACACUGGCAAUGCAUUCCCCGCCGGCUUCUUCGCAUACACAUCCCCAGAAGCGGAAGAACGCAGAGGGCGACAGCUAGACCGUGACCGGAGCUCCACGACCAAAGAAGACGACGACAGCGGCAAUGAGAAACAGAAUGGCAUCGAUGAGCCAAACGGAAAGCCUCGAAAGAGAAAAAGGAGUCGGAAAGGGCUGGAAAAGAACUUCCCAUGUCCUCAUCCGGGAUGCGGUAAAAGUUAUUCACGGGCAGAACAUUUGUACAGGCACCAACUGAACCACCAGCCGAAGAAGAUAUAUGUAUGCGACCAUCCGAGCUCCCGCGGUUCUCAUCUCCAACGUAAAGACAAUGCAUUACGUGGUUCAGACCCAGCACCGUCGCCACCACAUCCAUCACAUGUUGGGCUACGAGAGCAACAGGGUAACAAUGGCUACUCACUACACGGUGGUCAGCAAGAACAGUCUUCGCCACCUCCGAGACUGGCGGAACUACCUGGCCAAAGAUCUAACCUAGCCCUGAAAGGCUCACGCGGCGAUGAGCUUCAUUAUGGAAGUCCGACCGGAGCACUAGAGUCGACCAAUACGGGUCAAGCAGGCCUCGGAAACGAUACAUAUCCGUCACCACAAGGCUUCCCGCCGUUUGCGUCUUUGCCUCCUCCAGCCUUUGGGACUUCCCAGCCUUCUUUACAAAGUACGCAGUCUACAUAUCCUAAUGCAAUAAGCUCGAAUCAAGCCUUGGAUACUGCAGCAGGCUAUGAUGCUUACGCUGUUCCUAACCUGCCAGGUGUAGACCCAAUGAUGGAAAAUGGUUCCAAUGCUUACCAAAUGCCAUUCUACAACGAAGGCAGCUAUUGUCAUUCCCCGCGGAAUUCAACCGAAGACUUUGUCAAUUUUCUCUUCAACGAAACGUCCUACCCCCAGGCGGCAUCUCCAGGAGGUCCUCGCCAAAGCUCCAUGUCGUUUGGCACGACAGCUUUCAUGGAGGACUACGGACAAUUUGGGCUAGGGUACGAUCUCAUGAACGGUCCCAGUGGUCCGAACAUCCCCCAACAGCAUCCAAUGGCUCUCAAUAACAUUCUAGAUCCUGCAUCGCUCCAUGCCAUACUCUCUGACGAAAAGCGUAGGGAUGUCCUAAAACUUAUCGAGAAUCGCUUCACAGACGAUGCGCCAGUAUCCAAGCAAAAGGAAGAGCUUCUGUGGGGUGAUCGCGAUGCCGAUGGGCACGUUCUGAGCUUGCGUCAAAUGCAGCUCUACAUUCGUUCCUACUGGUAUCAUUUUCACCCUCAAAUGCCAAUACUCCACAAGCCUACCUUUUCUGCAAAUGAAGCUAAAGAACUGCUUUUGAUUGCUGUGAUCGCGAUUGGAGCUUCCUGUCUUGAUAAGAUGCAUGGUGCUGAUGUCACUGAAGCUGGUGCUGAUCUGGCUAAUUUCCUAGCAUGGCAUCUUCGCGGUGAAGUAUUUAAGCACAAAGACUUCUCACCUCCUGCCCAGCUUUGGAUCUUUCAGACUCUCCUCCUCCUGGAAGUUUAUGAGAAGAUGUAUUCUACAAGAACUCUGCAUGAGCGAGCCCACAUACACCAUGGCACCACGCUCACUCUUAUGCGGCGUGGGAGCUCGUUGAUCGGGAGAUCACCUUUGGACUCGCCGCCCACAGAGAAUGCAGCGUCGGAAAAUAGUGUAGAUCACACAACAACGAUGAAUAAUACCCCAGAGCAGUGGUGGAAUCAUUGGGUCACCAAUGAAGCUACGCGAAGAGUGGCCUUUGCGGCUUUCAUCAUCGACUCAAUUCAUGCUACCAUGUUUGGACACCAAGCAACAAUGGUUGCUCACGAGAUGAAGCUCGCUCUUCCGUGUGAUGAAAGCCUAUGGUCAGCCGGAACGAGUGCAGAAGUGGCAAAGAAGGAAGCCGAUCUCCGAGCUAAGGGAACAAAAAGCAUGACCUUUUUUGACGGCUUGAAGAACACACUCAAAGGCAAACAAGUGCAAACCAAUCCUUUUGGACGGAUGGCGAUCAUGGCUGGGUUGUUGAGCGUGACAUGGCACAUGAAUCAACGCGAUGUCCAGAUUCAUCAUCUCGGUGCUUUAAAAGCUCUUGGCGGAAAGGAUGUGUGGCGCAGUCCGCUCACGAAGGCAUUCGACUCGUGGAAACAAGACUUCGAUUCAAGCAUGAGCAAGGAAAAUUUUUCCUUAAGCUACUCAGCUGCCAAGCUCGACGAGGAAAAUAUCUUCGAGAGUCGGGUUGUAUUGCACCAUCUAUCACACAUGGCGAUGCACGUGGACAUCGUGAGUUGUCAAAUUUUUGCGGGUGCUCGGAGGCUGCUGGGUCGAACCACACUUCAGUCGGACUAUGAUAUAGCCCAGAAGAGAAUCCGACUGAACUGGGCACCUAGGGCUAGCGCUCGGCAUGCAACUUAUUAUGCUCUCAAAUUCCUUGCGCAGGUGCUGCUUCCUGACCCGGGCGCUGCAUACAGCAGUCCCACCGGUUUCACGCCCUACUCAGCCCGAGAUGACUUCCUCUUAAACAGGCCAUGGGUUCUUUACUAUGCUAUCCUGGUCGUUUGGUCUUAUGGCUUUGCUCUAGAUGGACCUAUCAAGGAGCCUCCUGAUUUGGCAUCACACCAAGAGCAAGCAUAUGACAUGAGGCAAUUCCUUACGAAAUUUGGGUCCAUACAAGCACCUCUGGACCUUGGUAACAUGAAAGACCGUAAUGCAUGCCUUGGCCUAUUAUACGUCCUACAUGACAAAUUCCGAAAAUGCCGAUGGCAACUACUGCAUGAAGCGGCGAAUCUGUUGAAUAAUUGCAUAAACAAAUUGAGGGGCCACGAGGAGAAAAUGGGCUAA